CUAUCAGAAAAAAAUACUAAUAUUGCGAUUAUUCCUGGAGGAUUAACAUCAAAACUUCAACCGCUCGAUGUAUCAAUUAACAAGCCUUUUAAGGCGAAGAUUAGACAUAUAUAUGACGAAUGGAUGGCACAAGAAGUAAGACAACUAACUGAAAGUGGCCGAAUUAAAUGUCCCCAAGAAGAUUUGAUUUUUGAUUAUGAUCGUGUAGAAAACAAUGAAAACAAUGAAAACAAUGAAUAUAUUUUUAUGAAUG